AUGGUCUCCACUACAGCACCAGACCCGGAGAUUAUCCUGUACGAUCUGGCUUGCACCAAGAAUGUCUGCUUCUCUCCUGUCGUCUGGCGCAUUCGCCUGAUGCUCAACUACAAGAAGGUCUCUUACAGGACCGUCUUCCUCGAGUUUCCGGACAUCAAGCCCACCCUUGAGGAGUUCGGCUUGGUCCCAGGCGACCAGGCUAGGGGCAGAUACACAGUCCCAACGAUUCAGCAUGUGGCAAGCAAGAAGUACAUCAUGGACUCGGCGCCAAUCUCCCGCUUCAUAGAGGAAACCUACCCGGACCCGCCCAUUCCGCUGGAGUCCGAGCUGGGCCGGGAGAUUGAGGUUCGCGCCCGCGCCGUGGUUGGCGCCGUCAUGUCCAAGUCGCUAUGGCCGGACGAGAUCAGAAUCUUGGCCCCGCCCGCGGCCGAGUACUUCCGGCACACGCGCGAGGCGAUGCUGGGGCAUCCGCUUGAGGACCUACUCGACCCUGUCGCAGAUACGGACAGAUGGGCUGCGGUGGAAGGGGAUAUAGACGAGGUGGGCGCGCUGAUGCGGACGAACGCGGCUGAGGGCCCGUUCGUGUUGGGUUCUCGGCCUAGCUAUACUGAUUUCUUCAUCGCGGGCGCUCUGCAGAGUGCUAAGGUGAUCGAUGGAAGUGUCUUUGAGAGGCUGGUAAAGAGGCCUGGGUAUAGGGAUAUUUACUCGGCCUGUCUGCCGUACAUGGCUAGGAACGAUUGA